CUGAAGAGCAUCUUCAAAGUUCUAGAGGAGAUGAAAGUCAUGAACAAAAUCAAACUGGAAAGAAACAUACUAUAUACACUCAAUGUGUUAAAGAUCUUUCAUAUCCCAGUACUCUUCAAAUGUAUGAAAAAGAACAUACUGGAGAGAAACCCUAUGAAUAUAAUCAAUGUGGUAAAGCUUUUGAAUUUCAAAACUAUCUUCAAGAACAUAAAAGAAAGCAUACUGGAGAGAAACCCUAUGAAGGAAAUCAUGGUGGUAAAGCCUUUUCUUGUCAAAGUAGUCUUCAAAUGCAUAAAAAAACUCAUUUUGGAGAGAAACCCUGUGAAUGUAAUCCAUGUAGUAAAGCCUUUACACAAUUCAGUAGUCUUCAAAAGCAUACAAGAACCCAUUCUGGAGAAAAACCCUAUCAAUGUAAUUUAUGUGGUAAAGCCUUUGCACAAUUCAGGUAUCUUCAAAGGCAUACAAAAACACAUUCUGGAGAGAAACCCUGUCAAUGCAAUUUAUGUGGUAAAGCCUUUGCACAAUUCAGUUAUCUUCAAAGGCAUACAAGAACACAUACUGGAGAGAAACCUUAUGAAUGUAAAGAAUGUGGUAAAGCCUUUGCAUAUCAUAGUCAUCUUCAGAGGCAUAAAAGAACACAUACUGGAGAGAAACCCUAUGAAUGUAAUCAGUGUGGUAAAGCCUUUGCAAGUCAUAACCAUCUUAAUACACAUAAAAGAACACAUACUGGAGAGAAACCAUAUGUUUGCAAUCAGUGUGGUAAGGCCUUUGCCCUUCACAGUCACCUUCAAAGGCAUAAAAGGCCACCUCCUGGAGAUAAACCAUAUGAAUGUAAUCAAUGUGGUAAAACCUUUGCAUGUCACAAAGUUUUUCAAACACAUAAAAGAAAACAUACUGAAGAGAACCACUAUGAAUGUGAUCAGUGUGGUGCACUUUUAUGCCUUUGACGAUGACUCUCAUAUACAACAGUUUUACCACAUUCAGUAUGUAUGA